UUUCUCUUGAGUAGGUUUUAUUCGUAUCAUAAUUAACACAAAUACUCUGCACCAAUCACCAACCAAACAGCACCAACAAUGGCCGCCAUUUUCUCUCAGUUAUCUUCUCUCCGAUCACCGGAAAACCUCUCUUUCUCCUCUCUUUCCACUCUCUCUCACUCCGGCAAGCAAUCGUCUCACUUUUCCGGUGUAAUCGUACCUUCUCCGGUCACAUUUCGGGCUAUACGUCAACGCAUCUCAUGUCAAACCACCUCUUCAGCAGUAGCUCCUACUUCCUCGGUUAUUGCAAAAGGAACUGCCAAUCAAAAGGACUUUCUACACAUUAGUGAUUUCGACAAAGCCACUAUUUUGAACAUCUUGGAUCGAGCCAAAGAGGUUAAAGAGUUACUGAAAUCAGGAGAGAGGACAUAUCUCCCAUUCGCGGGCAAAACUAUGGCGAUGAUUUUUUCUAAGCCUUCUAUGAGGACACGGGUUUCUUUUGAGACAGGGUUUUACUUGCUUGGAGGCCAUGCAAUCUAUUUGGGACCAAAUGACAUCCAGAUGGGUAAGCGGGAAGAAACUCGUGAUGUUGCCCGUGUUCUUUCUCGCUAUAAUGAUAUCAUUAUGGCUAGAGUUUUUGCUCAUCAGGACAUUCUUGAUCUAGCUAAACAUGCAACUGUGCCUGUGAUCAAUGGCCUGACAGAUUAUAACCAUCCUUGUCAAAUAAUGGCUGAUGCCCAUACAAUAAUUGAACAUGUCGGCCAGCUGGAAGGAACUAAGGUUGUCUAUGUUGGAGAUGGAAAUAACAUAGUGCAUUCGUGGCUGCUUCUGGCUUCAGUGAUUCCGUUCCACUUUGUUUGUGCCUGCCCCAAAGGUUUUGAACCUGAUCAGGGAACAGUUGAGAAAGCACGACUGGCUGGAGUCAGCAAAAUCGAGAUAACUAAUGAUCCGAAAGAAGCUGUUAGAGACGCUGAUGUUAUCUAUUCAGAUGUCUGGGCCAGCAUGGGACAAAAGGAAGAAGCUGCACAUCGCCGUCAAGUAUUUCAAGGAUUCCAGGUGGAUGAACAACUGAUGAAACUAGCUGGAAAAAAAGCUUAUUUUAUGCAUUGCUUGCCGGCAGAAAGAGGAGUGGAAGUUACCGAUGGUGUGAUUGAAGCACCAAAUUCCAUCGUAUUCCCCCAAGCUGAGAAUCGUAUGCAUGCGCAAAAUGCAAUUAUGCUUCAUGUUCUUGGCUUGUAAAUGCCCUUUGUUUGGCUUAAAGCAGAUCCUUCUUAGGACCUAGAAGCAAAUUCCUUCUGUUCUCCCUAAACCAUACUUUGUUUGGAGCAUUGAAGAACUUAGAUCAUCAUUGUCCAUAUAAAUUGAAGUUUUCUAGUAUUAA